AUGCUUGAUCGUGUCAGCGCAGGACCCACGGAUUGUUUGUUGGGCAAAUGCUUGUGCAAAGACGGCUAUUGCGCAGAUGGCGACAUGUGCAAACCGCAGGUAUGCUUCGCCGGUGCAGAACCACCACGGUUUCGACCAAAUCGGUGGCUUGCAUUCUACAGCGGAAUGAGUGACCUUGAGCAGUUUCCAGAGUACGAAGAGUUGGAAGAGGAGUAUGUCCAGUUCGUGUUGAGGAUAUCUCCAGUGCCACUUCUUUUCCUACUUCUGGGCGUUGUCGUGUCCAUCACGACUUGUGCUUGCUUAUGUUGUGGUGGCAGUGGAUACCACUUCAGCAUGGAUUUCUCAGACAUGACUCAUGACGAGACGAAAGGAUUUGUGUCAGGCACAACUGGCAAUGCAGUGAUCGGAGACGAGGAGUUUGCGAGACGUGCUUGGAAGAAAAGACCCUCGUGUUUUCCCAUGUUUUGUGCCGCGCUUCUCAUCAUCCUACUGUGUUUCUUUGGUGGCCUUACCCGGAUCGUCAAUGCUGCUUGGACAGAGUACAUCAUCGUUUCGUCCCUCGACCGGGCGAUGGACAAUGCCGCCGACAUCGCAAACGCAAGUUUGACAAUCAACGAGACGGUCACACAUUUGCAUGACAAGCUGUUGGAGCUCCCGUUGACAUGCAAGACGGACAGCAAGGCUGCCAAACAAGUCCUCUACACCUUCGUGCACAGCGCUCUUGGGGCGAUCGACGACUAUGUCGAGCAAGUGUACUUCAUAGUCGAGACAGUUCAACCCAUUCCUGAUCAGAUUGGGAAAUUCAAGCAAUUGACGCAUCGUGCAAAGCCCUUCUUUGCAUCACUCCCACUGGCCCCGCUCUGGCUUGUGGCUUUCAUCUGCAUCGGCAUCGUUGUAGAGGCGACAUGUACCACUUGCUGCAGAAGCAGCUCUUUGGCAAGGUGCGUGGAUGUGGGCCUGAAGUUGUCGGCCCUCCUGUUUGGACUAAUCGUUUUUGUGGUUGCGGUGCUGGUUUGCGUGGAGACAAUAGUGCUAAUAGCUCUCAGCAAGUUCUGCGAGGAUGUUGAUCACAACGUUUUGUCCUACGUGAAUUCCACCACGUACAAUAUUUCGUAUAUCAUACCAGAAAUUGCAAACUACUACAUUCGCGGCGGGGAUCGGAAUCCAAUCGACGAGUACGACACCCUCGCGAUGAAGUACAUCAACCAGAUUCAGGACUACUACAAUCAGGCAGCCAUCGGGGUAGCCGGCUUGGGCAUGGCUUGCCCUGCAUUCUUCGAUUUGGACGUUAAUGCGAUUGCAACCAAAGCACGUGGAAUCUUGGGAAAGGCGAGGGAGCUGUUGAAGGGCGAGAAUAUCUAUCCCUACUACAGGAAGGUCAUUCGCGCCGGCAUCUGCAAUGUAGUCAUCAGUGGUGUCGGGCAUCCCAGCUGA